CGGAAACCCUUCCCACUCACCAGUCGCAACCCCGGAGCUCGACUUCACCCUACCACCAGAAGUCCUUCAGGGAUUAUACAGUGAGCCGCAAAUACGAUGGUCGCAUCCAACGGAAUCAGCUACGCUACACACUCCGUGGCCGCAAGUAACCCCAGCAAACGCAAAACCCUAUGGAGUUGAAUAUCUUGGUGCCAGCGGACCUAGUGGCACCUCGAGUGGAGUCCUUAGGUCUCCUUACCCAGUUCAACAGCUAGCAUCUCAACCCUGGAGAGAUGAUCAAGAUACUGCAAAACCAGCUUCGUCCGCGACCAGGCCAAAUACCCGUGGCUUUACGGGAACAGCGGCAGAGGAGCGAAUGGCGGCGGCAAAAUCCCAGACCGACCAGUCUGCUACCGUAGUCGAACCUCACAGCAACUCGCUCGGCGGCUCAGGGAAUGCCCAUGUCGAAUCCGCCCAUGCCACAGGGUCCAUUCCCUGAAGUUCUCCGUUCGAAGUUUAUUCCAAUCAAACCAGUGGAUCCCAGACGUACGACAAACAUGUGGUACUGCUUUUUGAGAUCCGAGUUUAGGGCAAAUGAUCCUGUGGUUCGAUCAGUGCUGCUGCAUUCAAGGAAGUCAUGUUAUUUGGUCCGAAGGGUCCGUUUGAUCAAAGUUCACGAGCAGAAAACGUCCUUUGAACGGGAAGUCUACGCACUGAAGAAGUUGAAAGAAGCACUGGAGUCCCCUGACGAAGAGUACACACAUAACGUGGUGGGACAUUACAGUUGGAAUGCCUACUAUGUUGGCAGCAAAUACCGCAGUGAUUCGGCGACUGAGCGGUUCGCAGCUCCCGGCCCGCCCGUGUACUGGAUAUUGCUAGAUACCGCACCGGGGGGGAUCAGCCUCGAAGCAUACAUCCAGGAGUGCGGCUUGCUACCCGCAUUCUUUGUUUGGGAUACGUUCGUCGAAGUGGCGGAUGCUCUCCAGUUCAUCCACCGAAGCUUCGUGGUACACGGUCAUGUACAACCUUCCAAAGUCCUGGUCAAUUAUAUCAGUAGUGCGCACGAAAAAGCCCAUCUCCACAUCCGACCCCGACUGCUUCUCAUCGAUUUCAAGCGUAGCUACGUAAAAGGGGAGCAAGUUGCGCAAUCAACUACGCAGGAUUGGGCCGGGUUGGUCCGCAAGGACUGGGUGGAUUUCUUCGAAACGAUAUGGGCCUGCGCCCAAGGGGCAGACUGGCGGAAACCGCCGGAACAACAAGCAACUCCGAACGAACGCGCUGCAACAUGGUCCAAGCUGUCCGAGCAUGCGAAAGCGGGUAGACAUCCCUGGGGUGAUGGAGAGGCAUGGGAGCCAUUAGACCAAAAGCAUCUGCAUGAUCUAUACACAGCAAAGCGAGAAGCAAAGUCGUGGAGCGUUUCAAUCUUGGAGAAGCAAAUCUUUGGCCUGUACGAGGAGUUUGAACGAAAGUUAAACGACGAACCCUACCUGGACAACUGCAUGUGCCUACUUGGGAAGUGGAAGUCGAUUAUAAAGACUGGAGUCACGAGAGACGAGAUGGUGGCCGCAUUGAGCACCCAAAUGUUCGGGCGAGGUCGGGGACAGACUUGAGAUGACCAGCGCAUUGACUAAACGUAGGUAGUUCAUAA